AUGAAUCAAAAGAUGAUGUGGAACGAGAUCAUGUAUAGAGACAUUCUGGGCUUCUUUCCCACCUAUAUGCGUUCAUCGCACGGCAAAUGUGACGGCGCCUGUCUCGCACAGAUGGGAGGCCUGGGCUACACCGUAGUGAUGUGGAACCUCGACACCGAGGACUGGAAGAAUCAACCAGCUUCGAACAUCUGGAAGUCAUUUGAGAAGUUCAGCGCCGAACUUUGGAACCCAGAGCACAGCGAUUACGGUCGAGUCAUCACCCUUGCUCAUGACACCUUGCCUGCCACACUCGACCUGGCCAGGCACAUAUCAGCCAGGCCAAAGCAAAGAAUUUGA